UCAAAACAAAUGCACAACGAGCAAACAACUUGCUAACAAGCAGAAGACAAGCAGAAGAUAAUCUGUCACUUGCAAAAUGUGGGAAUCCCAAUAUUUGCCUUCCAGUACGAAACGCAUCGUGAUUUUGGGCUCAGGUGUUGUAGCGCUGUCUAUUUGUGCCUACUCAGCGUAUAAGUUCUGGAAGCAAUACAGUCAGAGCAUUGACGAAGGAUUUGAAGAUGCUUCGCGAAUUGAAGAUCGGAUUCAAGUCGUUCGUGUAUUAGUCAUCGGCCUUGACCGAGCUGGUAAAAGCGCACUCAUCUCUCAGUUACUCAAUUUACCAGUGGAAGAGGACAUGCCAACACAAGGCUCCAAACUAUCUAUGGCAGAAAUAGGGAAAAGGGCAUAUAGUAUUUGGGAAGUUGGGGGCGGUGAGAAGUACCGUAAGUCAUGGACACAUUUUGUCCAAGACACAAACCUAGUGAUGUUUGUUGUUGAUUCAACAGACAAAAAGCGCUUUCAGCUGGCAAGUAGUGAAUUAAAGAAUAUUCUUGCUGAUGAAAGACUGAAUGGCAUACCCUUAAUAGUAGUAGCUAACAAACAGGAUCUGCCUGGGGCUGUGGAGGCUUUGGAACUUUUUAAAACUUUAGAUCUGAGCACUAUUUGCAGUAAUCAUCUAACUACCUGUGUGCCAAUGGCAUUUGAUAAAAGUUCAAAAACUCCACAUUUUUACCUGGACAGGAUUAGGUUUGCCAUCAAGGACAUGGUGGAAUAGAAAAUAGAAUUCUUUUUUUAAUUAUAAUUAUUAGAUUCUUACCUAUUUAUUUACAUUCUUCAUAUUUAGGAAACUUUCUUCCUAAUCAUUAAUUACAAUAAUCCUGAAGACAUUUAGGAGCAGUCUUCACACACAGGAAAACUUGCUUGUUGCUUGCCUUAAAUUUGAAAGGUUGCAAAUUUCACAUCAUGGCUUAUAACUUACAGAUUAACAUGUUGAAAUAUGAGCCACAGCUGAUUUAAGCAAUGAUCUCAAGCAGUUUAUCGUCAUAAUUUAAUAUUUUUGCAACUCUAUUUGCUAUAUCAAACAUUUCAAAAAAUAAAUAAAAAUCAAUUGCUUUGAUCUCAUUACUAUGUAAUUCUUAAUUGAUGUGGAUUCUUUGACUCUUCAUUCUUUACAUAACCAUACAAUUAAACUUCGCAGUAAGAAAAAUAAAAAAAUAUUAAAACAUAA